AUGACUACACCUAUUCAAAAUAUCCCCAAACUGCACCUCCUCUGCAUGGAAUCCAAAUUCAUAACGGCCUUCAACAAAGCCAUACAAACUCACUGGCCCUCCUACCAGCCAAACAAGCCCACCGAAUUCCCAUCUAUAGAAAUCCACAACAGCCGGCUAGCCGCCGUCCCCGCCAGCACAAAAUUCGACCUCGUCGUCUCCCCCGCAAACUCCUACGGCCGAUUAGACGGCGCAUUCGACGACGCUAUCUCGCGGGCCUUCUGCGAGCCGCAUCACCACUACGACACCCUCACGCAUGCGGUCCAGGAUGUGCUGUACGAGAAGUAUAGAGGGUUUCUGCCCCCAGGCGCGUGCGAGCUUGUGCGCUUUCCCGAGGAGUUAAUUGGUCAGAACCCGUGGGGGUGUAAGUGGGUAGCGAUCUGUCCGACGAUGAGGACGCCCGAUAAUGUGGUUUGGGAUCGGGAGAUUGUGUACCAGUGUGUCUGGACCUUGCUUUGUGCGAUUGAGGGGUGGAAUCGGAGGGCUGGGACGGAUGGUGGUGCCGGUAGUAGUCGGAUUGAGAAUAUACUUAUCACGCCGAUGGCGACGGGAUGUGGUGCUGUCAGUCCGGAUAGGUGGGCGGCGCAGCUGGUGCUGGCGAUGAGACAUUUUGUGGCUGCGCUUGAGAAGCCGGAGAGAUGGUCGAGAUUGGGCUGGGGAGAGAUUUAUGAUGAUACAGAUGAUGUUGAGAAGACUUGGAAAUACGCUUAG